AUGAAGUUCAUCGCUCCUCUCGCUGCUUUCGCCAGCAUCGCCCUGGCCCAGAAUGCCAACAUCGCUUUCCCGAAUGGAGCCAAGGCCACCGCGGGUGACGAGUACCUGGUCCAAAUCCAGCAGGGCGACUCCCUGACCAACUUCGAGGAGAUCGGCAUCGCCAUCGGCAUCACCUCCUGCGUCCAGAACGGCUGCUUCCCCGCCAAAGAGGAACUAGGCGACCUUCUCUACUCGGGCCCCUUCAAGCCUGUGUUCCACACGACCGGCGGCUGGGAACCCUACCAGAACUUCACUGUCAAGAUUCCCCAGUCCCUGCCUGCGGGCAAGGCGCAGAUUAAUGUGGCACAUGCCUAUCUCGUCGGGGCUGGGCUCUCCCCCAUUAUGGAUACUCUCAACGAGACUGUGCACAUCAUCACCAAAUAG